AUGUCAACAUGUCAAAAGAUUUUAAGGUUACGAAAAUUUCAUAAAUUUAAAUAUAAAGAUAUCAUUUUACCGGACGAAAUUUAUGAUUCUGCAUAUCAUAAUAGUUGUUACAAGACAUUUACAGCAUUUAUAAGACAUUUUAUUUCGACAGAUGUUAAAAAAAAAAAAACGUUCCAUCACAGCCCAGUACGUCUUCGUCUGCAAUUGAACAACCAUCUUCAUUAUAUUUCAACAGUUUUGAAAAAUACUUACAAAAAGCAACCUAUUACAUUGGACCCAUUAGAGUAUGGUUGGAUUGAGCAAGACGAUAAAUUGGUAUUUAAAUGGUUUGAAGGAAAUCAACUCCCAACUUCCGUGAGAGACUUGAUUACCCAAGUCCCUGAUUCCGAUUCAAUGGAUGAUGAAGACGAGUCACACUACGACAGACAUGAUUCCGAUGAUGAUGAUGAUGAUGAUGAUGAUGAUGAUGAUGAUGAUGAUGAUGAUGAAUGA